AUGGAAAAACCUAUUGACAAGAUUCCAACAAUUAUAAUAGUUGGGGCAGGUAUAGGUGGACUCACUUUUUAUCAUUCAGUUCGAAAACAUCUUGGGCAAAAAUUUCAAGUUAAAAUAUUCGAACGUGAGGCUGGUCCUCAAGAUCGAUGGCAAGGUUAUAAUGUUUACGUUAAUAAAAAGGGGGUUACCUCUUUAUUCUAUUGUACACCACCAGAAAUUCAAGCACGUUUUCCUGAAGCUAUGCCAGAUCCAGUCCCUAGGGAGCAACAUUCUAUAUCAAUGGUCGACCAUGCCGGAAGAAAACUGAUUUGUAUACCACAAUACAAACCUAUGACCGUUUAUGAAAUACAAAGUAUUAAACAUGAUUAUGCUGGUCUAGUUACAUAUCGUAAUAGAUUACGAGAUGUUUUAUUAGGAGGAGUUGAUAUCCAAUGGGGUAAAAAAUGUGUCGGAUAUGAAGAAAAUGAUAAUGGAGUUUGGGUAUUAUUCGAAGAUGGAACAAGAGAAUUUGGAAAUUUAUUAAUUGGUGCAGAUGGAAUUAAUUCACCAAUCCGAAAACAGAAGGUUCCCGACUUGGAAAUUCUUGAUCUUGAAGUAACUAGUAUCGACGUAGAUGUUGCAAUACCAAAAUAUUUUGCAGAAAGAUUGAUGUCUAUCUACUCAAAUUGCUUAGUACAAAAAUCACUUGGCCAAUACGGAGAUUCAUUUUUUUCAAUGAUGCGCUUUAUACCAAUUGAUAAGUCAGAUGAACCAAAAUAUAGGGUUACCUUUGGAUAUAGUUAUCCAACUAAUCUCGAUAUCAAAGAAAAUAUAAUAAUUGAUGAUAAUAAUCCAGAAUCUGUUGUAAACCAUGCAAUUUCAAGAGUUAAACAAUUACGUCCAUCUUGUGAAUUAACAGAUAUAACGAUUAAAAUAUUAUCGAUGGUUCCAUUAUCUCAACCGGAUGACAAGUAUCCAUUUAAAACGUAUAACCCUCCACGACGUCGUCAACUUCGUGAUAUUAAUCCAUUAUCUGUUCCGCCAUGGAAAGAUGAUAGAAUCGUUUUGUUAGGUGAUGCUGCACAUGCUAUGAAUCCAAUAUUAGGAUUAGGUGUAAAUAACGCAUUACAAGAUGCCGACUUGUUGACCAAGGAAUUACUUAAUUACGAGAAUGGCAAUUUAAUUUCAUGCAUUAGACGAUACAAUGAACAAAUGCGAGCUCGAUCCUCUAAAGAUGUUAUUGCAUCACGUAACAUAGUGAUAAGACAACGAAAUCCAUUGGGAACUUUUGGACUAUUUGUUAGAUUUUCU